AUGGAGGCCGUUCUGGGAUCGUUUCCGGAGCUGGUCGGCAUAGAUGGCGCUGUCGCUCCAAAGCGGUCCUUGGCUUGGCUCUGGCAGACGGUCGCAGCCACCUGCUGCUGGGCGUUGAGCGACGUCAUCUGCGACGCUUGCAUUCGUCCACCUGCAGCCGAUGCAGCGGGUGACACAACGGAAAGUGAAGAUGUGGGCACCAUGGCCAAGCCAGGCCCCUCUCCAGAGCCGACGUCACUGCGCCAGCGUCGUCGGCCUGAUGCACUAGGUGAGGCAGUGGAGACGGAUAGCCGGGAGGGCAAGGUCACCUUACGCAGAAUCACAUCGCCCCGCUUGCGACCUUGUACGCAGUUGAUGCCAGAGGUGCCGGCUUUGGACUGGUCCUUGGAUGGCGAUGGGAAGCCCGAGGAAUUGGACCGCUUGACACCAGAGCAGAAUGCCUUGGUCAGCGGCUGCGUGGCUCUGGUCACGGCUCUGGUUGCCUGCAUGCUGCAUGCCGUCCCCAUAACCUUGGGCUCGACCAGACUGGCUCUGGCUGGUGUGGGAGGUUUUUUUCAUUUCACCGCGUAUCUCUGCACGCUUUGUGCUUUCACUUCUGCAUCAAGCACGGUAAUUACGCCAUUGAUGCAGCUCUCCGCGCUCUGGAUGUUGCCAUUCUCCACAUCUGCAGCUUCGCUUGGGCUUGCGCCCAUCAUCCGGCCGAUCCACCUGGUUGCUGUCAGGAACUCAGCCAAUGGUGGCUCAAGCAUCACCUGCUCCGACUGGAUUCAUUGGUCAUUGCUUCUCUGUUUUGUUAAGUGGACGUAA